UUGAACGCUGCAGGCCCGAAUUCCUGGCACUGCUAUACAUCUGCCCGUACCCGUCGCUCAGACUACCAUCCAUCUCGUCAUCACUCGUUCGCCGCCCACCACUCACCCCCCCUUCACCCACUCUUGCAUAACUUAUUACAACUCUCUCUCCAUCACCCAUCCACUGCAGUGACCCGUGACCCUCAGCUCCUCCACCUCCAUCACACCCUCCUCCAUGGCAAUGCAUCUCGCCAGCAUGGUACACGGCAGCGUUCGGGACCGCGAGGCCUUUCAGCACCCACAACACCCGGCAUACUACCAACAACCCCAGCCUCGUGGAUACGCCAUGUCGGGCGUUGCGGCCUCCUCAUACCCGGUACAACCACCAGCCCACACACAGCAAGUUGAGCAGCAAUACCGACAGCAAGUGCAACAUCAGCAACAACAACAACAACAACAACAACCACAAAAGCAGCAACGGCCUCAGUCUCCCCCUUCACCCCCAGCCGAGGAGAAGAAACCCUCGCUUCCGUCCAUCUCGAGUCUCCUCGAGUUUGCUGGCAACGAAAAGACGGCAUCCUCUGAUUCAGCUUCCCAAAGCCCUAAAUCACAGCAACGAAAGUCGGCAUCGCCUCAGCUGAGGCAGGAACAGCAGCCGCAACCACAAUACACUCCAAUCUCGGCCCCGAACAACUCACGGAUGACCCUGCCCCCAACUCCACCAAUGCACCCCGACGUUGCACACGACGGUAACCAGUCCCCUUCGGUAGCAUCAAACCACUCAGCAACUUCUACUCCCUACUUUGUCGGCGGUGCGCUCAACAACAUGGAGCCUCACCAACAGCGACAGAACUUCUCGACAGUGCCUCCCAUGAAGCGCGACUCACUGCAGUCGCACUCCAUGUCGCCCUACAGUGCUUCCAUGUACGGCCAGUCUCCCUACCAGUCCUCGCCAGGAGCUGCAUCAUCAGCCUCAUUCUACUCGCCGGAGCAACACUCGUACAACAGCACUCCGCUCUACUCGCAGCGUCCUCUGCCUUCAAACUUCCAGCCGCACGCCAUGCCUCUGCCUGUACCUGUACCGAGCCCUGCCGCCAACGGCUCAAACCCAUGGCAACACCACCAUUACAUCAGCACUUCAAGUCAGUCACAGUUCCCACAGCCACAGGACCGCUACAUUUGCUCCACCUGCAACAAGGCCUUUUCGCGCCCCAGUAGCUUGCGCAUACACAGCCACAGCCACACGGGCGAGAAGCCGUACAAGUGCCCACAACCCGGAUGCGGCAAAGCCUUCAGCGUCCGCAGCAACAUGAAGCGACACGAGCGAGGUUGCCACGCAGCCUCCAGCACCACCCUGACGGCAUGAUGGGCCAAAAGCCGCCGCACCUAAUCGUCUUACGCAAUCGGCCUUGACAAGCCUGGACAUACUCGGAGUCUCUUCUAAUGA